AUGCCACUCGAUCAGGUAUCCGACAAUGGCACUCCAGGCGACUUUCAACAUCCAAAUCAGAAUCUGCGUCGGUCUAUUAUCAUUGCUCUGUACUUCGCCUUCAUCCUGUCCACUGCUGCAGUUGCGUUGCGCUUGGUGGCGAGAAAGAUCAAUGGGACGAGGCUGUACCUCGAUGAUUAUCUGAUUCUCGUGGCCUUGGUGAGAUCCUCCGAGUCAGAAAGAUUUUCCACCAGGAUGCUGAUCAUCGCAAAGUUAUUCAAAUAUGGAUGCUCGAUCGGAGUGACCAUUCUCCUGUUUAAUGGCUUAGGGUCACAUAUAAACAUGAUUCCCCAGAAGAAUCUAGAAGUUUACUUCAAGAUUGGAUGGUCCAACUCCUUUGUGUACACUGGAUGCAUCCUCUUCAUCAAACUGUCCAUUCUCGCCUUAUACAAACGGCUUUUCUCCAUUCCUCGUAUGAUUAUCGCCGCCAAUGCUAUCGCGGCGUUUGUCAUCCUCUGGGCUCUAGCUGUAUUCAUGGUCGGUGCCUUGCUGUGUUUGCCGGUCCAGAAGUUUUGGAACCCUUCGAUCGAGGGAUCGUGUAUUGACUCUGCCAAAUUCUACUACGGACAGCAAAUUCCGAACAUUUUAACAGACUUGAUCAUUCUCAUUAUGCCAUUGAAGGUUGUAUGGGCCCUGCCAAUCUCGAAGACGCAGAGAUUUCUGCUUUCCGGGGUGUUCAUCGUUGGCGGACUGACACUGAUCUUUGAUAUUGUACGAUUGGUCGCUAUGAUUGAAUUCACGAAGGCUGGACCGGAUAUUACCUACAAUCAAAUCCCUGUCGCCGUCUGGACGUGCAUCGAAGCGGCGGUAGGCAUCACAGCAGCGUGUCUUCCCAACUUGAGACCCUUAUUCAAAGUCGCCCACCGACAAUUCUGGGCUAAACUCGGAUCGUCGCGGCCCCAGUCCAAAGAGGAGAAUUUCAGAAGGUCCCACGGGCUGUCGGAAGCCACUACUCUCUACGCCUAUGCCACUCAGACUCAGUACAGUCAUCACACUGAAUGCACUAAAGCAUAG